AUGUUCUAUCCCGGUUGUACCCCAUGCCUCCGGGCUUUGCUUGUAGCUCUCCUCGGUCUUGGAUCAGUCAAUGCUGCACCUACUGGCCCCGACAACAGCCUGCCUGUUGUAUCACCUACCCCUCAACAAAUCUCCUCGUCCGGCAAGGGAGUCUCCCUGGCCGGUGGAGCUGUUACCAUCGUGACGGGCAAUGCCACAGACUCGGCCACGAUUGAUACAAUCAAAGCGAUCGUAUCCGCUGCCGGUGGAAACGCCAUUGUCUCAUCGAAACCCACCGGUCAUGGCACGCAGAUAGUCAUUGGCACAGAGUCCGAGAACAACCUUGCUACUACAAUUGCAAAGGUUCUUACCGGCAAGUCUGCGGACGGCCUUGAUGCCGACGGGUACGUCCUCGCAUCUGGUGAUUACCUAGGCCAGCCGAGUAUCGUACUCAACGGUGUCGACAAGCGUGGCACUUUCUAUGCGGCCCAGACCCUUCGUCAGCUUGGUAGCAGUCACAAGGUCCCCGGUAUCAAGAUACGUGACUGGCCGCUCAUGCCAAUUCGUGGCUCUAUCGAGGGCUUCUACGGUGAACCGUGGUCUCACCAGGCACGCCUGGACCAGUUUGUAUUUUAUGGAAAGCACAAAAUGAACACAUACAUCUACACCCCCAAGGAUGACCCGCUGCUACGCGCAAAUUGGCGCACACUUUACACAGGUGAUGCCCUGACCCAGCUUCAGGAACUCAUCGACACUGCUAACACGAACCAUGUCGAUUUCACCUUUGCUCUAUCGCCUGGUCUGGACUUGUGCUAUUCGUCCGACACCGACUUUAACUCUACGAUCACCAAGUUUGAUCAGGCACGCAAACUCGGCGUUCAGAGCUUUUAUAUUGCUUUCGAUGAUAUCCCUACUCAGUUUCACUGUGAUUCAGACAAGCAGAAGUGGAUCGAUACGGGCAACUGGCACUGGCUUGCCGACGCCCAGGCUUAUUAUCUGAAUCGCAUUCAAACAGAAUAUGUGAUUCCGAAUGGCCUCAAAGAUCUCGAGACUGUCCCUACCAACUAUGCUGGCAGUAAACCCGACCCAUACAAGGAAGAAUUCGGCACCAUGUUGAACAAGAAUAUCAGUAUCCAGUGGACAGGCGAAGGAGUAUUCAGUGAUCAGAUCAAUGACACAAGCGUCCAGCAAGCAGACUCGACAUAUGUUACUGACAAAUUAUUCUUGUGGGAUAACUUCCCCGUGAACGAUGGAAAUCGUAACCGUCUAUUCCUCAACCCGCUUACUGGCCGUUCUCCCGACUUGUACAAGUACUUGCUCGGUUUCACAUCUAAUCCGAUGGAGCAGGCGUACGCCUCCAUGCCUGCGCUCGCCAACUACGGCGACUAUAUGUGGAAUGGGCCAAAGUAUAACGCAGAUAACUCAAUGGCUGCAAUUCUAUGGGAACUCUCGGGAAGUGACAAGACCGUUCACGACGCCCUUCUUGCAUUCGUCGACAUCAACCAGAACUGGCCGUAUCGCACUCCGGAGGUCCAUUCCCCUGAGCUGAGCAAAGACAUUGCGGCUUUUUGGGCUGCCCGUCAGGCUUCUUCCAAGAUCAAACCUGGACCCGGUGAUGGGCAGUCAGCAUUAGAGAAACGCCUCGCACUGCUCACGACUCUUCCGAACGUCCUUCCACGCAUGGCCAUGAAAGGCUUUGCUGACGAUGUGGCACCUUGGGCGACCGUUGCCAUGCAGUGGGCAAAGGCAUGUCAGCACUUGAUUACCAUGCUAGGCGCUAUUGAUGACGGAGACAAGACAAAGGCUGAUAGCGAGUUUAAUCUCGCUCAGGAGUGGGUGAAUAAGACCAAGGCGAAGACUGUCAAUGACCGCAAUGAUGCUGGUCAGGAGCUCCCCAAUUCGAUCACUCCUAUUACUGGUGAUGGGUCGUUUGAUGCGUUUUUGGCGAAUGCUACGACCAUUUACGAGGGUCAGUAG